CUCUCCCUCAUUGAGAAUCAAAAUUUCUCUUUCUCUCUCCUCUGUGGUGCCAAACCACACUGGUCACAGGCACGAGUCCUUAGCUCCAUACUCUGCACAUUACACCCAAACAGUCUCCUUCUCUCGAACCCUGCAUCUGCACCGUCAACCCUAUUACACUUUUACCUGAUCCUUGCUGAAAUCUAGCCAGACAGCCAAAACCCUUUACUUUCUUUCACUCAGCACCAAAACCCCAUCAAAGAUUACUCCUUUUUACUCUCUGUCAUGCACUCAAGUUUCUUCCUUUUUCAAUGAGUUGGGUUUCCUUAGCUCUUACUUGGGGGGUGAAUGGGGUGUAUGUUUUCUCAGUUAGCUGCAAAAUUUGCUUUCUUUCCUCCUUCCCCACCCACAUACCAGAUCAAGAAACGUGAGGAUGGCAAACUCACGGUGGUCUCUUCUUCUUCUUCCAUGCCUAUUCCUGUUGCUGAUGACAGCUCCUUGGAUGUGCUCUUGGUUGACACUAAACGUGGCAACAAGAUUGUUGCCUUUUACUUGAAAAACCCAUAUGCAAGACUCACUGUGCUUUAUUCUCAUGGCAAUGCUGCAGACCUUGGCCAGCUUUAUGAUCUCUUUGUGCAGCUCAAGGUUAAUCUCAGAGUCAACCUCAUGGGGUUAGUAUUUUUUUUUUUCUGAUUUUUCCAACUUUGAUUUCUUUUUCUUAAGAAAUGGUUUCUCCUUUAGUUCAUUAGAGUGUUGAAAAAUUUUCAGUAACUGUUUAUAUGUUGCUUCGGGAAGUGCAUUUCCUCUGGUUCAUCAUACUAUUUUUUCAUAUCUUCCCUGUUGUGUGUUUCUUGUCUAUUUAUCUGUUAUUUGGGUCCAUAAAACUUCCAAAUUUUU